GUAUAACGCGGGCCGGCCUGGUUGCCAUGGGAGCGUGGCUGCGGCCCGGGCGCUGGGCAGAGGCGGCCCGGGCUGCUCCUCCGCUGCCCUCGCCUCAGUGGCCCGGGGUGGGGGCGGCCGGACCGAGGCGAGGCUCCUCCGAAGGGAGCGGAGGCUGGCAUCGCAGCGUCCCGCGGGCUCGUCUCCGCGGCGCUCUGUGACCCCGCGCGGCCUGGGUCCUCAGCAGGCACCGGGGCGGAAGACACCUGGCCGUGGAGGAACGUGGCCGCUGCCCGCUCCAGGCCUCCGGGCCGCGCAUCUCGGCCUUAGUGUCAGCAAUCCGGGUCCAGCCCCGCCUUGUCCUCUUCUGGGCGCGUUACUGAACAGGACCAAUUACCACAAGACUAAAGACUGUAGCUCUGGCCCCGGAACUCUUCCCUGAUCUUCUGAAUAGCCCAUGUGUGCAGAAUGCCCCACAAGAUUGGAUUUGUAGUGGUCAGCUCUUCUGGACAUGAAGAUGGCUUCAGUGCCCGAGAACUAAUGAUCCAUGCACCGACUGUCAGUGGCUGGAGGUCACCAAAGUUCUGCCAGUUUCCACAAGAGAUUGUUCUCCAGAUGGUGGAGAGGUGUCGGAUAAGGAAGCUGCAGCUGCUCGCUCACCAGUACAUGAUCUCCAGUAAGGUCGAGUUCUACAUCAGUGAAAGCUUGCCCGAAUACCUGGUGCCAUACCAAGCAGAGCGAUUCCGCAGACUGGGCUAUGUCUCUCUCUGCGACAAUGGAAAGACAGGCUGCAAGGCCCGGGAGCUCAAGUCUGUGUACGUGGAUGCCGUGGGGCAGUUUCUUAAGCUGAUUUUUCACCAAAACCAUGCCAACAAGUACAACAUAUAUAAUCAGGUGGCUUUGGUUGCAAUAAAUAUCAUUGGAGACCCUGCAGAUUUUGGUGAUGAAAGCAAUAUUACCUCUAGAGAGAAGCUGAUUGACCACUACCUUGGCCACAGUCCCCACAGUGAGGACCCAGCCCUAGAAGGAACUUUUGCUGGGAGAUCUGACUAUAUCUCUCCACUUGAUGACUUGGCAUUUGACAUGUACCAAGACCCCGAAGUCGCACAGAUCAUCCGCAGGCUGGAUGAAAAGAAACGGGACGCUGUCAAGAAGGAGCGCUAUGACCAUGCCAAGAAACUGAAGCAAGCCAUCGCUGACCUACAGAAGGUCGGUGAGCGCCUGGGACGCUACGAGGUGGAGAAGCGCUGCGCAGUGGAGAAAGAAGACUAUGACCUGGCCAAGGAAAAGAAACAGCAAAUGGCACACUACCGUGCCCAGGUGUACGAACAGCUGGAGCUGCAUGGCCUCCUGCAGGGCGAGCCAGAGAUACAGCGGCCUUUCGCUUUGCCCCUCCAGCCCCUUGCUUCACCCAGCAGUCCCCAGCACUGGAAGGCAGUGUCCUCACUCCCGCGCACAGAAGAGCUAGUAACAGAAGACACAUUUGCAGGCCCUAUCCUCCAGGAAAAGCCCUUGGCAUAUACCUUGGCAUCUUCUCCUCGGCAUUCAGCAGUGGACCAGUCCCCGCCUGCCGCAGGCCCUGCACCUAGGAGCCAUGUGGACGCCCUGCCCUACGAUGAACGGCCUCUUCCUAUUACUCGAAAGCAGUUGGGGGAAACAUCUGCAGAACCAGAAGUGAGAGAGCCAGACAGCAGUGAUGUCCGGAGACGGGGUGUCUCAGGGGAACCCGAGCCCUUGACAGAGAAGGCCUUGAGAGAAGCCAGUUCUGCCAUUGACACCUUAGGCGAAACCUUGGUGGCUGGGGCCUAUUCUAAGACGUGGUCCUGCCGAGAGGAUGCACUGCUGGCGUUGUACAAGAAGCUGAUGGAGAUGCCUGUUGGAACCCAGAAGGAAGAUUUGAAAAACAUACUCAGAGCAUCUGUCUUUCUCAUCAGAAGAGCCAUAAAGGACAUUGUGACCUCAGUCUUCCAGGCUUCACUGAAGUUGCUGAAAAUGAUAAUUACACAGUAUAUUCCCAAGCACAAGCUGAGCAGACUGGAAACAACACACUGUGUGGAGAGAGCUGUUCCCCUUUUACUCAGCAGGACCGGAGACUCCUCGGCUCGCCUCCGUGUCAUAGCUGUGAAUUUCAUUCAGGAAAUGGCCUUGUUUAAGGAGGUGAAGUCUCUCCAGCUCAUCCCGUCCUACUUGGUGCAGCCGCUGAAGGCCAAUGCUUCCGUUCAUCUGGCAAUGAGCCAAGUGGACCUUCUGGCCCGGCUGCUGAGAGACCUGGGCACUGGGAACUCAGGUUUCACUGUGGACAAUGUGAUGAAGUUUGCACUGAGCGCCCUGGAGCACAGGGUAUAUGAGGUGCGAGAGACAGCAGUCAAAAUCAUCCUGGACAUGUACAGACAGCACCCAGCCCUCACCCUGGAGCACCUUCCUCCAGAAGACAGCAGCACACGCAAGAACCUUCUCUACAAAGCCAUUUUUGAAGGAUUUGCUAAGAUAGAUGGCAGGCCAACGGAGGCUGAAGUCAGGGCCCAGAAAAGAGCAGCCACAAAGGAAGCAGAAAAACAGAAGAAAGAGGAGAUGAAGGCUCUGCAGGGCCAGUUGGCCGCUCUGAGAGAGACCCAAGCUGGAGCCCAGGAGAAUGACGCUAUGAAGCUCAAGAAUCAAGACCCUCAGGGAAGGAAAGCUGCCCCACCUGAGACUCCAGAAAUCCCAGACAACCACUAUUUGGAUAAUCUGUGCAUCUUUUGUGGGGAGAGGAAUGAGUCCUUCACAGAAGAGGGUCUGGACCUGCACUACUGGAAACACUGCCUCAUGCUGACGAGAUGUGAUCACUGCAGGCAGGUGGUUGAGAUAUCCAGCCUGACGGAACACCUGCUGACAGAAUGUGACAAAAGGGACGGGUUUGGGAAGUGCCACCGCUGCAGCGAGGCUGUUCCCAAGGACGAGCUUCCCAGGCACAUCAAAACUAAGGAGUGCAACCCUGCCAAAUCGGAGAAGGUGGCAAACCGAUGUCCUCUGUGUCAUGAGAACUUUGCCCCUGGAGAAGAGGCAUGGAAGGCGCAUCUGAUGGGCCCUACCGGCUGCACAAUGAACCUGCGCAGGACACACAUUCUCUCCAAGGCCACAGCCCCACAACAAGCUCCUACUGUGCUUGGCCCAGAGCAUCAAAUGGAACAGCGUUUGUUGAGAGGAGAAUCCUGUCAAAGGCCUUGAGUGUGGAGAGAGCACGAAAUGACUGAGAAAGCCAAGCACAGGUACCAUAGGGUAACAAGGAGGUCCUUCGGGUCAGACGCUGGCCAUUGUCUUCUAGCCCAUCUCAAAGUAUGGACAGCAAUGGAAAGUUAACCUCAGAACUUAAGAAACAGAUACCUGUAAUGCUUUCUAUCUGUUGUAACCUUAAGUUAUUUGUAAAAAUCCUUCCUUCUUAGCCUAGCACAGUGGCUCACACCUGAACUGGCGCUUGGGAAGCCAGAGUCAGAAGCUCACCACAAGUUCAAGGGAAGCCUGGCUCCAGAAUGAGGCUCUGGCUCAAAAUUAAACAGAACAGAAAAUAAUCCUUUGUUUUUAGCUCCCUCGUCUGCCUGUUAGAGAAUCAUGAGUUUCUGCAGAGGUGACUGGCAGUAUUGGCAGCCACAAAGCUCCACACCACUGUGCUUGAUUCAGGGAAGGAGCUAAUAACCCCACCACUGAUAAUAUCAAAAUGUGGAACACUCCUCACGCUUCACAUAUGAUAUGUUGUGGAUAUUUAAUAUUUAUUUAUAUUAUUUUCAUAAAAGAUUCUAUUAAAUCUAAUUUAAAGGAAUUGUGUCAUAUCUGAUACUAGAAUACAAAUGUAAAUACCUUUAAUGAAAAUUUGCAACUUUUUAAUGUUUUAACAUAGUUUUUCUAUUUGUCUUUCUUUCAGGUACCAGAAUUAUAAAAUAAUAUAUUUUUAUUGCUAUUGUUUUAGGGUUUAUGUGCUAAUUUGCCUUGAGUACAUUAAUACAGUAAAAAUAUCAUUCA